GCACUGCCGGCGGAGGGAGGGUCUCGCGUUCCCCCGCUCACUCCGGUGAUGAGAGCCGGAGUCCCCCUCCCCCGCGGGGUGCAUCGCCUCCGCCCUGGGCCGGCCGUGACCCCCCGACGGGGCCCGGCGCCGCCAGCGCGAACCCGACACCGCGGCGGUUUCAGAAGAUGCCACCAUCCCUCCCUGCCACCAUCAACCUCCGGGAGCCGCGCUGGGACCAGAGCACCUUCCAGGGCCGGGCCAAGCACUUCUUCAUGGUGACUGACCCCCGAAACCUGCUGCUGUCGGGGGCCACGCUGGAGGAGGCUCGCCGGGUGGUGGAGGACUACAGGGCAGGCACGGUGCCCCCAGGGCUGACAGAGGACCAGCUUUGGCGGGCCAAAUACAUCUACGACUCGGCUUUCCACCCCGACACGGGCGAGAAGAUGCUGCUCAUAGGGCGCAUGUCUGCCCAGGUCCCCAUGAACAUGACCAUCACCGGCUGCAUGUUGACCUUCUACAGGACCACGCCGGCCGUGCUGUUCUGGCAGUGGGUCAAUCAGUCCUUCAAUGCUGUUGUCAACUACACCAACCGCAGCGGGGACGCACCCAUCACCCCCACCCAGCUGGGGACAGCCUAUGUGAGUGCGACCACAGGAGCAGUUGUCACAGCGCUGGGGCUCAAAUCUCUCACCAAGCACCUGCCAGCCAUCAUCGGCCGGUAUGUGCCUUUCGCGGCUGUGGCUGCUGCCAACUGCAUCAACAUCCCACUGAUGAGGCAGAGAGAGCUCAAGCUGGGGGUCCCCAUCACGGAUGAGAAUGGGAACCGCCUGGGUGAGUCCACAGCUGCAGCCCAAAAGGCCAUUUUCCAGGUGGUGGUGUCCCGCAUCGGCAUGGCAGCUCCUGCCAUGGCCAUCCCUCCGGUGAUCAUGAACAUGCUGGAGAAGAGAGCUUUCCUGAAGCGCUACCCGUACCUGAAUGCUCCCCUGCAGGUCGGCCUCGUGGGACUCUGCUUGGUGUUUGCCACCCCUCUGUGCUGUGCACUCUUCCCACAGAAAAGCUCGAUGCCUGUGAGCCGCCUGGAGCCUGAAGUACAAGCUCGGAUCCGGGAGAAAGACCCACAGCUGGAGACUGUCUACUUCAACAAAGGGCUCUGAGCGGGUCCCAGGGCAGCCGGGGCGGCCGAGCCGCACGUCACUGGGCCGCUGCGUCGCUGAGCUUGCGCCUCAGAGCCCCGCAGGGCUGCCGCCGCUUCCCCUUGGCCACCACGUGUCUGUAGGUCCCAGGCGCUCAGUCCUGCUCCCUGAGGUGCCUGCAGCCCAUCCCACAUCCCAUCCCUGUCCCUGGGCUCAGCCCCGCUUGGGGACCCCCUCAUGGGCACCCCGGUGUGUUUCUCCUGUGCUCACCCUGCGUGUCCCCAUAGCUGUGUGCAGUGCAGAGGGGGGAAAGGGUGGGCAGUGGCACCGGAGUUUGUGAGUGGGGAUAUGGGAUGGGGAAGAAAAUGGUGCUCCCCAGCUUUAAGAGGCAGAAGACAAUCAUGGUGUUGGAGGGUUGGACCCCUCCACAGGCACCCUCCCACAUUCCCCAGUGGUUCAGCAGCUGAUGCCUGGGGAUGGCAGAGCAGCUGUGGGAGAAGAGAACUUCCCUGUACCCAAAAUAGCCAUGGGUGAGAAAUACCAAGUGCACACAGUGGCUCAAAACCAGCGAGGCUGUCCCAGCCUGAACAUGCGCUCCAAGGUCACCCUCUGCUCUCCUCUGGGCUUUUAAUCUGACUUUCUGCUCCUUCCACCCCCGGAGCAAACGGCACGUUUUCAUCCCAGCAGAGAGUCCCUCCCUUUAUUCUCAUUUUGAUGCCAUCUCAGGUCAGGGCUGGGCUCCCCCCCGAGGGGUCUCUACCCCCUCCUGGAGUGCUUGCUUUCAGGUGGACCUUCUCAAAUAGCUUUAAGUGCACCGUGGUUUCCUUUAGUUCUUUUUGUUAUACAUACAAAUGUGCCUCUAUAUACCAGAUAAUAAAGGCAAGGUGUUUAUA